AUGACGCCCAUGUCACAAUAUAUGAUCAUAAUUCGUUCCGGUAACUACAAUUUCCAUAUUUGCACAUCGUUCAAUAUUAUAACUGACUAUCGUCGGAGUCAACUGCCGAACAAUAUUCGACAUCAGUAUAUCACCAUCCUAAACUCCAAGGGCAUCUUUGAUCCUAUGAGCGGUCACAAGACAUCGUUGAACAACUCGAACGUCUCAGAUGAGGGGAAGGGACGUAUUCAAGCUGUUCUUGAUCAAGAUCAAGAUGCUGUUGGUGACCAUCCCCACAAAGAGCUAUACAACGCUGGAGGUGAUCAAAACAAAGACUUGACCAGAGUUACUGCUGGGCUUAGAGCUACCCAGAAUAACCCCGUUGGAAUCAACAAGGAAAAGACGAAGGCAUAUGAAGAAUUGAUCCGAAAGGGUGGUGAAACUCCCGAAGGAUAA